CGACGACGACGACAACAACAUCAACAACAACAACAACAACGACAACAACAACAACAACAACAAGCUAAUGAACAUACAUAACCUGAUUGUGUUUGGCUUCAACAGAGAAUAAUAUUACCAUUCCCCAGUACUGUAAAGUGAUGCUCUUCUUCUUUCUAGUCGGUUUCGGUACGCCCAACUCUGCUACUUCUGUAUGAAUAGCCUUUUUGCUCAUUUGAAGCGAUGUAGUGCACUGUACCCUGUUUAGGUGAAUGGGAUCGUCCUGACGAGCUGAGGCAGUUGAAGCACUGAUACCCAAUGCGCCACAGUCAACGAACGGUGUGACUUACCAAUACUUCAGCUUGGCAUUUCUGGCAUGAAUUUGUUGCGUGUUUCAAAAAAGAACUUGUUCUAUUACAAAUGUGAUCUUAUGUUAAUAAACAACAGUGUUUCUCCCAGGAAUACGUACAUGCAAUUAUGCUCAAACGGAGAUAGCUUUACUGCCAAUUGAAGUAAAGCCUCGCAUAUUGGUGUGAUCAAGAUGGUGUGUAUUAGUCGUGUAACACUUCUCCUGGAAGUGUUCUCGGGAGUGCGUAGAAAGCUUCCAGUGCACGAGCUUAUUUUUCUCGUGCUUAUGGCACUGUGUUUCAUCGACAAAGCCGCUGCCCAACUUCUACAGCUUCACAUCACCGAUUUACCUUCGAGAACUGCGCGUUACGCUCCUACAGCAAUAUGCUCCCGGAAGCCCCAGGGAGUGUCUUCAAGCAAACUAGAUGGUACCAACGGAUUCUUUAUUGAGAUCGAGAAUUUUCCCCAGAAGUAUGUGCCAGGCCAAACCUACGAAGUGUCCAUCCUAGGAAGACCAUUACCGGGUGCGUCGGCCCAUCAAAAAUUCGUCGACUUUACAUUAACGGUUGAAUCCUCGGAUUAUAAUCGUUUAAAUCCAGACGUCGGAGUAUUCAAGCUUUCAAGCGACCAGCUGACAAGGUUCUCCGAAGAUUGUCCGUAUUCAGUAACCGCAACGUCGACUGUUCAGAAGUCACGUGCCUCCGUCCGCUGGACAGCUCCGCCAUCUGGAUCGGGCUGCGUCGUCUUCAAGGCUUCGGUAGUUGAAGAAGGCGAACGUUGGUAUGCGGAUGAUGGAGAGCUCACCCGAGAGCUCUGUCAGGAUUUCGAAAACACCGACGAUCAAGGUGAAACACUGGAACAAUGCUGUGCCUGCGAAGAAGCAAAAUACGAGGUUGCCUUCGAGGGUCUUUGGUCGCGAUACACACAUCCUAAAUCUUACCCUGAAAAUGAAUGGGAUGUGCGCUUUUCGAAUAUUACGGGAGCAUCACAUGCUGCCUCGUAUCGUAUCUGGGAGUACGGAGGCUUUGCGACCGAGGGCGUUCGACAUCUUGCGGAAACGGGACUUACAAAAGCACUAGAGACCGAGCUUAAGCUUCAGUCUGGAAACAUUCGUACGGUAAUCAAGGCACAAGGAUUAAGAUACCCGAAUCUCAAGAAGAAGACCUUUGCGGUGUUUCGGGUGGACCGGAAGAAUCACGUGGUCUCAUUGCUCUCAAGAAUGAACCCUUCGCCCGAUUGGAUGGUUGGGGUUUCCUCACUUGAACUUUGCCUAGCCAACUGCACAUGGGUUGCUGAAAAAAUCAUCAAUCUUUACCCGUGGGAUGCUGGCACUCGCGAAGGGCAUACUUACUACCCGGAAACAGUGGAACAAUCAGAACCUCCUCAGCGUAUACGUAAAAUCACCUCAUCAUAUCCACCGGACCCAGAAGCACCAUUUUACGAUGAAACCGGUACACCCAUGAAGCCAGUUGCUAGGUUGACCAUUUCAAGGCAGCGUUUGUACGAGAAGGUUUGCGGCGCUGAUGAGGAACGAAUGGCGGGAACAGUGGAUCAACCAAUCGAUGAUAUGAGAGAUGAAUGUGCAUCACACGAAUGGACAGCAUUUGGGCCGUGCAAUCAAAAUUGCGUGCGGGUUCGAUCACGGGCCUAUCAAUUCCUCGAAAAAGCUCAAGCAGCACAGUGUCGAAGCACCCUCGUUCAUACAAUACCCUGUGAAGAAUGUGGGACCUUUAAUUGUGAAACAACACCCUGGUCUUCGUGGGAAGAUUGCCCCGUUACUUGCGGUCGUGGCUGGAGAACUAGACACAGAAGAUUCAAAAAUAAAAUGGCCAACAAGGUUUGCUCUCAAGAGUUAAUGCAGAAAAUUCCAUGCGAAGGAACAUUACCGGAGUGCACUGAUGAUGUGAUACCUUCAGAAUGUGCCGUUACUGAGUGGACCGAAUGGUCUCCGUGCACGGAAAGUUGUGGGGAAGGCAUCACCCAACGCACAAGGUUAUAUCGUGACGAGCGGAUUGCCACCCUGAAUCAAUGCGGCGUGGAACUUUUACAAGAAAAAGCUUGCUUCGGUGACGAGUGUGGCAGUCUCGAACCAUACGAGAGAUGUCGACUUCCAAAGGACGAAGGUCGUGCCUGUCGUGGUCAGUUCCAAAGAUACUAUUAUAACCCUGAUCAGCGAAAAUGUGUACAUUUUGUGUACACUGGCUGCCAUGGCAAUGCUAACAAUUUCAAAACUUACGAAGAAUGUCGGGAUGAGUGCGAGAUACCUCUAACCGGAGACUCCGGCGACUAUGAAACGUCGAUAGUUUCAGGCGGCCCCACGUUUCCAGGUGAGAGCGACCCCAUACAGAAAGAUUCAUCCCAUAGUGGUCCUGGAGGACACCGAACUGGUGGAGCAGGAUCUAUUGAUUGCGUUGUUAGCAAGUGGACACCGUGGAGCCAGUGUUCACAGACCUGUGGAACUAGUCGCAAAGAACGUUACCGACGAAUAAUCACGCCAGCCCAAAACGGUGGAAGACCGUGUCCUGAGAAACUGAUACAACGUCGACGAUGCGACACGCCACCUUGUCCAAUAGAUUGCCAAUUGAGCCAGUGGACUCGCUGGGGCCCAUGUUCAAAAACCUGCGGUAGCGGUUUUCGCGAACGCACUCGUUCUAUUAAGAGAAAUCCGCGCCAUGGAGGUGCUCAAUGCGCUCCCACUUAUGAAAGGACAUACUGCGAGGGACUUUCACCCUGCAGACAUUAAUAAAUGUAAUGAUCAUGGUGAUGAUGUAACGCGGCAGUGUUGAGGCUUUGGUGUAAAACAUUUAUCACCACUUUUCUGUAUACCUACGAUUUUGAAAACUAUGUUGAUAAUAAUAUUAAUAAUGAUAUUUUAAUAAAAAAAACGCAUCUCAAGUAAGUGUUCUUCCUAAGUCUAAACUGCCUACAUGCCUUCGUUUCACAAGCCUAGAGAAUAAUGAUGAAUCACAAACGGACUAGAAAAUGCGCAGUCGUGUAACUCCGACUCCCCUCAGAACGUGAGUGCACGUUUGGAUUCUAACAAUGGUAAUUAAUGGACUAUAACAACAAAGCGAGGCCGUCAAUGGUUUCCGGAUUAUCUGUUCAGAGGCGAACCGCACAUACAUUGAUUAGAUGUGCAUUCUGAUCGUAGAUGAGGAAAUAUAUAAAUUAAUUUUGCUGUUCAGUACUUUGUAACUUUCUUAGUAUGUACUUCAACCCGAAAGAC